CGCCGCCGCCCGGCCGGGGGGCGCCCCUUCCCCCGCGGCGGGGUCCUCUCCGCCCGCCUGUCCCACUUUGCCGGGGCUGUAUGCCUCCUGGAAGGAGGUUCCCGCUCCCUCGGCGGGGAGCUGGGGGAUAUAGCUCUUCCUCCGUCACUUCCCCGCCGGCACCUCCGGCGGACCAUUCCGACUCUGCGCUGGGGGCCAGAGCGGAGGGAGCGGCCGCGAGUGGACCCGUCAGUGGAGGGAGCUCGGCCUCCACCCGAGCUGAUGUUGCUGUUUGGAGUUUCCAGAAGCUCCAGGGUCAGACCGGGACCCGACAGAGCCCCGGAGGCCGUCUCGCCUGCUAGUUAGGGGCUCGAGGCGCCUGGCCCCUGUGGUCCGCGCCGGCCGCGCGGCUCUCGCAGCUCGGACGCCGAACCGUCCCGGCCGGGCUGAGGGGCGGUCGGCACUCCGCGCUGCCCUGGUGUGUAAUUUCGCCCCAGCCCCGGGUGCCCCCGGGUUGUCUGCCGAUCGCUGUCCCACCUGCGUCCAAACGCACCCACUCCGCCAGCUUCUCUUUCGAGGAAUCACUUUCUGAGACCUGUUGCCGAAUUCCCCACUCCCGCGUUCGAGAUCUCUGACACAGAUGCGUUUUCACUCUCCUUAACGCCCGCCGGAGCUUCUGCUGGGCCUGAUAGAUGUGGUAUGGUGUGUUCCUGUGGGCACUGGUGUCCUCUCUCUUCUUCCAUGUCCCUGCUGGAUUACUGGCCCUCUUCACCCUCAGACAUCACAAAUAUGGUAGGUUCAUGUCUGUAAGCAUCCUGUUGAUGGGCAUCGUGGGACCAAUUACUGCUGGAAUCUUGACAAGUGCUGCAAUUGCUGGAGUGUACCGAGCAGCAGGAAAGGAAAUGAUACCAUUUGAAGCCCUCACCUUGGGCACCGGACAGACAUUCUGUGUAGUAGUGGUCUCCUUUUUACGGGUUUUAGCUACUCUAUAGCGAACACCCUUAUACCCCGAUGGCAAACCUCAGUUUUACAGAAUCCUCAAAAAGAAUACAUUAUGGAAUGUAGUUUUCUUAAUUCUUCAAAUGGAAGAAACGGAUGAAGAAAUACGUGUGAAGAAUGACAUUUCAGCCCUUUCUGCGAUUUGAAGUUCCAGGAAUUGAAGAUCUUACUGGACUCUUAUUGUUCUCAACCAAAACAAAUCAAGUGGUUUUUUUUGGGGGGGGGGGGGGGGCGGUAUUUAAGUAGUUUUACAGGUGCACCUUUACCCAAGCUAGGUCAACAAUGCUUCUAGAUUGACAUCCUUUGCACUGAAAUGUAUAAUAAUAUGUGAGAAAAUGCAAUGUUGCCUAUAACAGAGAAACUAUGAAAAAUACUGGUUUCUUUCCGAACAGAGUAUACCAUACUAAAACCUUAUUUAAUCUAAUCUUGAUUAGAAUUUGGCAGACUCUUCUUUUGCUACAUCUUCAUGACAGUAAGUGCCAAGUAGGUUUUGGUUGAGUAGAGCUUUGAGAACAAAUUUGGUGAAACAGAACAGGAAAAAACCCUACAACACAAGUAGUGGCUUCAGUUCCACUGCUGAAAGAAAAGAAGAUGAUGUGACAUUUUAUGGAGAACUAUCUUGACCUCUGAUUACUUAAGAUAUUUUAAGAGAUGUGAAUCUAUUGUUUUGUACAUUUUAUCAGAAUAAGCUAGCUUACUGAGACUUUUUUGCCUCCCAAGUUCCUGUACCCCUUUUCUUGUCACUUUCAUUCUCUUGAUUCUGGUUAAUUGGAAAUAGACCCUAUUAAAUAGCUUGAGUUCAAAAUUUUAAGCCAGAUUGGUUAGGAUGCUGUUUGGACAGUGAGGUACCAAAAAAAUUGUUUUUUGUUUAAACAUUGUUACAGUUUUUCUUAGUGACUUUAGUUGAAAUUGUUGAAAUGUAGCUUAAACUAGGGUAAAGGUUAUUGAUUUCUUAGUCUUAAUAUGGUUACCACUUUUACAGUAUUGGGGGUCACUCCCAGAAAGUGCCUAAAAUUUAAUUUUCAGAUAUACUUCCACAUUUUACAUUUCCCUUCAAGAGACUCUAUUUCCUUACAGAGAAUUAAACAUCGUUUCUUUAACCCAAUUUUAGCUAUCUUAGUUUUUCUUCUGCCUAAAUUGCUUUUUUAUUAAAAUGUCUGAAAACUGUGACCUUCAAAAGAAAAAGGAUAGCAAAAAUUAGAUAUCUAAAUUGAUCCUUACCACCUAACUGCGUUGUAUGGAAUACAGUCAUUCUGUUUUCAGAAUAGUUUCUGAUUCAUUAAACCUGAUGUUUUUAAAGGAAA